AGGCGCUGGGGCUGGGGGGCCUGGAGCGGGGGGCUGUCCCGGGGAGGGCCCAGACUCUCCGAGCUCAGGCCGUGGCUGAGCCGAGGGGUGGCCGGGGCAGCAGGAGGUGCAGGUAGCCCCGGAGGAGGAGGAGGCGGAGCGGAGAAAGGAGGCAGGGUGAGAUGCUCCCGCAGAAUCUGUGUUCUCUUCGGCUCGCUGGCUCUCGUCUUCCUCACCUCGCUCUUCUUCUCCAUCUCCCUCCGUGGGGGCGUCAGCUUCAACUACCUGGAGCCCCCCGGGUGGGAGGAGUCGAGGCGGGUGAAGCUCGUGCCCAGCUACGCGGGCGCACAGCGCCUGUCAGCACCUGACGCCCCGCAGCAGAAAACAUGUGCCUGCCCUCGCUGUGUCGGAGACCCUGGCGUUUCUGAUUGGUUCGAUGAGAACUUCGACCCGGAUAUCUCACCUGUUUGGACCAAAGACAACAUAGAGCUGCUGUCUGAUGUCUACUACUGGUGGGUGAUGCUACAGCCCCAGUUUAAACCCCACAGUCUCCAGCAGGUGCUGCUGAAGCUGUUCCAGGUGAUUCCCGGAAGGUCUCCGUACGGCUCGUGGGAUCCGGCACGCUGCCUACGCUGUGCGGUGGUGGGAAACUCCGGAAACCUCCGGGGGGCCGGCUAUGGCCCCACUAUAGACGGACACAACUACAUCAUGAGGAUAAACCUGGCCCCCACAGUGGGCUACGAGGAAGACGCAGGCAGCCACACCACCCAUCACUUCAUGUACCCGGAGAGCGCCAAGAACCUGGCUGCCAACGUCAGCUUCGUGCUGGUUCCCUUCAAAACACUGGAUCUUGUGUGGAUCACCAGCGCUCUGUCCACCGGCCAGAUUCGAUUUACUUACGCUCCAGUGAAGCAGUUCCUCCGCGUAGAUAAAGACAAGGUCCAGGUCUUCAACCCAGCCUUCUUUAAAUACAUCCACGACCACUGGACCCGGCAUCAUGGACGCUACCCCUCCACUGGCAUGCUCGUGCUCUUCUUUGCCCUUCACGUCUGUGAUGAGGUGAAUGUGUUCGGUUUCGGGGCCGACAGCCGGGGGAACUGGCACCACUACUGGGAGCAGAACCGCUACUCCGGAGAGUUCAGGAAGACGGGCGUCCACGAUGCCGACUACGAAGCCCAGAUAAUCCAGCAGCUGGCCAAGGCCGAAAAAAUCACUGUGUUCCCCGGGAAAUAACCAGCAAGUCACGCAGCAUGAACCCAAGGUUUCAUGUUAGGAAACAGACACUUAGAAUGUGUUAGAUAUUCUCACUUUCACUUAGCUCUUUCAGUUCUGGUUUGCAGAUUAUGUCAAUCAAAUCCAAACUGAAGGCAAGAUGAAAUGUCAAAAGGGAACUGGUACCAAUUCUCUUUCCCUCACGUUUGGGAACUAGCUCACCAGUCUUGGUUCUGAUUGGAGAGUGUGGUGUAGGAUCCAGGAACAGGGAUCCUAAGAUUCAUGUAGAUAAGUUGUUGUUCUCACUCUAAACUGACAUUAAAGUGAGUGCUGGGCCUUAAGUUUGACUGUGAGGUAACUGACUCACCGUGAGGAGUGACUGACAAAGACCAUUGAACUCUUUCCCAGGGCAGCUUCACCACCAACGCCGACUUUGACUGUGUACAGUGCCGAGGGAGCCGGAGAGGGACAGACUUCACGGAUCAAUGUCCCACCUCUGGACUCAAACCAGUGGAAUUAUUAUUUAAUCCAUGCAACAUACUGAAAAUACAACCCUAACUGCACCAUUAGCAUCCACGAGGCCACAUGGUGACUGACAGGGAACUGACAGAUCACCUUCUCACCUGUGGAGAUAAACAAACACCAGGAUCAGACCAGAUUGAGGAUUAUGGACUCUGUGGAAAACUGUGGAAACGCUAUCAGACGUGAUUGUACUGUCAAACAUUUCGAGGGCACCGGGACGACUGCUGCAGCUCUGUCAGGACCCCAGGGCCGGUUUUGAUUUGCUGUCACUUGAGAGAGAAUUGUUCUUAUCAAAUCACAUACGAGGUAAAACAUCUCUCGCCUCUUAACUCAUUUAUGUCAGAAGACUGCGUCUCCAGGACUUUCUCUGAUGGUCUGUAUAAUGAUUGAUUAUGAGAUGACAGGUUAUUAAUGUGGGUUUCUAGUGAGUGUCCUUUAACCCCCCCCCCCCAGGUCCGUACCAGCCUUAGCGAGAUCCAUUCAAGACUUUUGCUUUAGGUCCAUUCUGACACAGAAACGUUGGCUGCAGCCCGAGCAUCAGCUUCUCUGGCCUGAUUUCCAAAGCCAAAGAAACCACAGGUCGAGCUCCAGACUCCUGACUCACUGGGAGAGGGUUGGUUUGACUCUGUGAGACUCUAAUGAGGCCAAAAGUCCAUCUCCUGGGAUUUCAUGUUUGGAUGGAGGCAAGCUGGUUUCUGGACCUGAGUUAAAUCCCCAUGUGGUCUGUGAGGGUCUAAUUUGGGAGGAAGACUGCAGACGGAGAGCUGGGGCAUGAGGAGCCAGUCUGACAAAGCCAGCAUUAGAAACACAUAAUUUGCUCCAGUGUUUUAUAGGAUGAAACUAAAAAGUUUCCCUGGUGUUGUUUAUCCUCUUCACACUCCUACACAGAUUGUACUGGGUUCACCACAUUGGUUUAUAAAGAACAGAAACAAAAAGAAAACCCGCUCCUUCUUUUCCCUGUCCCACAUCUCACACUCUAACCUCCUGUGUCCCAGCGAAGUGCUUUCGCCCCAGAAACUCCCACUGGAUCUGGGAACUAUUUAACUUCAGUCAGCAGCUCAGCGUCAUUAACCACCAGCCCUAUGGUCCCUGCUCAGCCAAUUAGAACGCCAGCUAUGUCUGGAAGGGGGUGUAGCCACCAGACGCCUUAGACUUCACCCCCCCGUUCUGCAGAAACUGCUCUUCCGGUUCUGGUCCUCACGCUGAAGGCACAUCCUCCUGCAGACUGCAGUUAUCAGCUGUUAGUUUCCUACUGUUUAGAGUUGAGUUUGCACUUUGGCCGGAUUUAUACUAUUGGCUCGGUUUUCCAUCCAGGUGGCACAUUAACGGUUCCAUCAGCAAACGAUAUCCACUUACAAAUUUGUGUUCUCCAUUAUUGGUCAUUUGCAUCUUGAGCAAGGACACCUGAACAAAUAUUUGUGAAGGAAGAGCUGCUGGACAGGAUCAGAAAACAAAUAUCCAGACGGGUUUCAUAGACAAGCAGGAAAAUAGACGUGUUUGUUUUGAGCUGAAACUGUAAAUCCAUGUAAACACGAUGUGACAGAUGUGUUUGUAAAGACAGAGCCGCAGGCUGCAAAGGAGACGAGAAGCUUUUCAACAGAAGAUCUACGUACGUGUGGUUUAAGUGACUGAUUUCUUUCCUUGAGUAUUUACACUAAAGUUCUCUUUUUGAAUGAAUCAACACUUUCUUCAUAUCAUUUCAUGUGCUCAGCAGGAAGCAGUAGAGAAAGUAAAAGUCUCUGUUCACUGAAAUCGCCUGGAAACCUGAAUUCAAAUAUUUAAGACAUUCAGAGUUAAACGUGUCCUGUAGAGUUUUCAAUGAAUAUUAGUGAUAUGGACUGAUCUUUUUUUUUUUUUUAUGUGGGUCCCUGUUUUAUUUAUUCUUGUAGGUGAGAAUUUAAUAUCACUUACCUGCUAGUGGCAGAAACGCAGCGAUGCACCAAAGGUAGAGAAGAAGAAGAUGCUGCACAUGAAUAAUAAAAAGUCAUGAUAUAAUAUGAUCUAUCUAAAAAAAUCGAACAAAAACUCCAGAACGAACCUUUAAGUUUGGAAAAAGAAACAUCAUCAGCUAUUACUCUGUUUGAGUUCAAUGCCUCUUUAUCACAGAAAGAAAGUAAACACUUCCUGAUUCAGAUCCACAGUUUAAUGGCGUCUUCCUUGGGUCAUUCCUUGCCCCCCCCCCCCCCCCCAACCACACACACUAACAUUAAAAUAAAUCAAUGUCCUUGAUUUGUCCUUUUUUGGAAAGUCCAGUGACAAACAAACAGAUUGUCCACAGAGUUUUGCUCCAGUGACUCAUACUGUGAAACAAAGAAUAGGGAGAAAGUGUAAGUUAUGAAUAGAGGCUUUGUAGGAAGCUCGAGAGUCAACAGCUGCAGCAGACGUCAGAAGUUUAGGGAUAAAACCACGUGACAUGUGACGCUCGUCCUUAUUAAUGUUUUAAGUUGUUGUUCACCUAAAUAUGGUGAGGUGGGUUGGGGCGUUGUAGCGCGCCCAGCAGGUGAUGGGUAGAAAUGUGCCUCUGAUGAUACCUUUUAGUUGUGUUGCUGUUUUUAUUGUGUUACCUGUUAAUGAUGUUGUGUAACCACACAUGACUCAUGUUUCACCAUUGUACUUUCUGCUUCCAGUGUUUUGAUCCGACUUUGCACAUAAGAGAUUUGAUGCUUUGGUGUUGAGCUGGGCUCAUUUUAAGAGUCAGAGUGGCUGCGGACAUGUUUGUGUUAUCUCUCUGUCACACACACACACACACACACACACACACACACACACACACAUCAUUCAUGCUUUCGUGCCUUGUCCUGCUGCUGGACGUCACUCAGCUGCAGCUGCUCCAUCGCUGCUACCAUCGCAUUCCUUUUAAACACACGCAAACAUACACAUGUUUUCUGGCAGAGCUGUGCCUUGUGAGCUGCACACACACACACACUCACAGUCUACAUGAAGACACACACUCUGCCUUCUGUUUGGGGAAGGCUACAGGCGCCUCUCGCCUCGCUCUUCAUUUCUUACUGCUUUGUACCCUGAUAGUGUUUUUUUAAAGAUGGCUGUGGGCUAAAGGAGAGGAGGUGCUGUGAAUUCACAUCAGUUCAUACUGUUGAUACGUUUCUCAACAAACGGCCGAUGCUUUGGAGGCACUCUCUGUUUUCUAGAUGUGAAGGAGGAGAAUAACGACAACAUUCACACAGGGUCAUCUACUAAACUGCAAAUAAAAUCUAAGCUCAUGAUACACGUCCUAGCCAUCUGUUUCCAUCAGGUGAACAACAAGGUGACAAAGCAUCUAAAGGUCAAACACUGUAAAUAAAGAUGGACGACCUCCCACUCUGCUGAAAUGAAGCUGCCAGUCAGUUUCCACUGUCAAUCAUGACAAAUCACCCGUUAGCAUAGGACAUCUAAUUAGAACCCAAACCUACAUCAGUGUGAUACGAACUAACUAAAAGAAUCUGUGAGGAAAAUGUAUUUGACGUGUACUUUAACUUUCUAGUUUGUGUCCCAUCCACUAACUUGGAGGAGGCCAGGUUGAUGUCCUAUACUGCAGCCAGUCACCAGGGGGCAAUCAUCUGCCUUAUGGGGAGAUGUUAUAGACGGUCUAUGGUUUGUUACAGAUGUGUGUUUCCCAUGAUGCUCCCUGCAGCCUCAGUGAAUGUGGACCUUGUUGUGGAGAUGACGUGGUUUCAUGGGGACAGUGGGCCAGAUCCACACAUUCCUGCAGCUGGUGGGAAACUGUUAACGGUCCACUGACCCCCCCACACACACAGGCGACACCCUCCAGCUGUUAUCAGCUUCCUGUCUCACAGCUGAACAUCAGAUACAGAGACGGUGAUCCCUCUGCUGAGCUGAAAUUAGACUGGACGGCUUCUCCACCUCCAGCACAUGACACAGAUAUUCGAGUCCUCUGGAGCAUUUAUAACCUGAAACUGCUCUUUUCUCUGUCGCUCAUCCAACACACAGAUUGUUCUCCUCCAGCAGAGUUGAUGCUUAAUACAACACUAUGUGACAACAGCGCCCCCUGCAGCCACAUGUAGUAAUAACCUGAUUUUCAUUUGGGAAUGUUGAGUGCGAUUGAAAGAGGAAAACAUUCUCCAUAUUCCUAUUCUAUUUACCAUCAAAUUUAUUGUUAUUUAGCUGCUGGUUACAGUUGUGUAGUGUUUCUUCAGAAUAAUUUCUGAGAUGUGUCAAAUCAGGAAAUAAAGAGGUUGAGAGCAUUUUGAGAAACAUGAAUCUUGUUAUUUUUCUCACAUGUCCUGGUAGCAGCAGUUUCUCAGGGGAAGUUUGAAUGUGUGGUUCAAUCCUCUGAUCGUGGUGAUGGAUGUGUGUUCUGUAAAAACACCCCUGCAUGGUUCUUCUUGGCGAUUGGUGGGAUCCAGGUUCCAUCGUUUUGUCAGCAGAGCCACAAACGUCGGCCAGUUACUGUUCUCCUGAAAAAUGCUUCAGAGCUUUGUACAGCUGCAGAUGGAAAUAACCCGUUUAUAUAAAACCACAAUUUCCGUUUUCCUGUAAUAAAAGACGACUAUUAAACUCAUUCAAUUUUUUUUUAUGGGUCAAUUAAACAGAACGAGGAGCAAUCUGAAUCCACACCUGCUCAGAGGGAGGAUGUGCUUUUAUGGGGAAAUAGUUUCACAUUUUAAGAAAUACAUUCCAGUAAGUGGAAGACUGAUACCACUAUAAUAUCCAAUAACAGUUUCUAUAAAGAUGGACGCGCAUCUUCACUUCCUACAUUGUUUUGAACCAGAGGUGGCGCUGUAGUGAUCCUGCCAGAACAUGCACUUAACCACUCACAAGUCGUGACUGUUCACCCUCUGUUAACAUGGAGGAGGCAGGGGUUAUGACCUGUACUGCAGCCAACCACCAGGGGGCGAUCAAGAUGUUUCUGCUAGGAGAAAGUAAAGGUGUUGGUAAAUGUACUCUUGUUAGCUUUGAAGCUAGCUAGGCUAACCCUCUCCUGGCUGUAGCUUCAUAUGUCCUUCACAGACUUAAGAGUUUCAAACGAACGCUAGAAGAAGCAAUUUCCUCUAAUUGUGAAACUAUAACAUUUUAAUUAUAAUGUUGACGGCAGAGUUGAGACGAUGGAGAUGAUUUGGCUUCACUUUUCUCGACAUCCAUCUUUAAUCACAUGGAGGUCACAUGGUGCAAGGCCACUGCUAGUUAUCUUAGACACUCAUGAAAUCUAGAAUUAAUAAUAAAAAUGUACAAUAAAAAGGCGUCAAAAGAUUGUGUUAAUUAGUGAGAGGUAAAAAUAAAUAGAAUCUGUUAGCUUUGGACAGAGUGAAGCUAAGCUAAGCUAAUCUAACCUUUCCUUCAUAUUUUUUGGCACAGACCGGAUCAAGCUACAACUAAAAGAAAGUGAAUAAGCAAAUUCUCCAGAAUAUCAAACCAUAUCAUUUGAAGUGUGAUGAUGGUUUGUUUUGAUGAUGGAGAUCACGUCCGUCACUUGAUGAGCUGCUCCAUCAUCACCAGGAUGAAAUCCAGCAAGACGUGGUUUUGGUUUCACUCGUGAAACAGAUCCCGUCGGGAAAAUGAAAUCAUGGAGUUCAGAGAGUUUGUUGUCUCAGUUUGUUUUGAAAUGUCUCCAUCGUGUCCUGAUGUCUGAAUCUUUGUGUCUAAUGCUUCUGUAAAUAAAAGCUUCAUGGAA